UGGACCGGAUUUUGGGGGGCGGGGACCCUCAGAAUGGGUGUAAAUAUUGCGUCUCAUAAUUUAUUAAAUCACCGUCUGCUGGCACAUGUGCUCAGGCCUGAGGGGCGGGACGCCUCGGUUGGAAGCCGGAGGGAGGGACGCCUUGGUCCUUCCCCGUGAGCUGCCGGUGGAAACCCUCUCACGCCCGUGGAAACCCUCUCUGUGUCUCUGUCUCUGUCUCUCUGUGUCUCUGUCUCUGGCUCUCUCCCCCCUCCCCCCCCUCCACGGAUUCUUAUUUCCGAGCUGGAGGAGGGGCUUUCCCCCUCCACCGGAGAGGGGGAUUCGGGCAGACGGGCUCCUGUUCUCGGCUCCUCCACCUUUCCCGGCCGCUCCGGGGAUCGCGUUUCCUCCCUGGGACCCGGAGAGAGGCUUCAGGAUGAGCGCCGUCCGCCGCUCGGCCAUGGUGGCCACGCAGCUCCCGGCAACCCCAUCUGGACUCCCCCACAAUGGCACCCAAACCCCCAGAAAGGAGGACGUCUUUGCACAUAUGAAGGACAAGUUUAUGAACCGGCUCAGCAAACUGCCCGUUCCCCCCUGGGCCCUGGCCACCAUCCUCAUCCUCGCUGGCCUCCUCCUGCUCUGCUGCUGCGUCUGCAUCUGUAAGAAAUGUUGCGGUCGGAAGAAGGGCAAGAAGGCCAAAGGCAAGGCCCAGAUCCAUUUGAAGGAGGUCAAGGAGCUGGGCAAGAGCUACAUAGACAAGGUGCAGCCCGAGGUGGAGGAGUUGGGGCCGGAACUGGUAGGGGACGGGAAGCCGGAGAAGGAGCCGGAGCGACUGGGCCGGCUCCAGUAUUCCCUGGACUAUGAUUUCCAGAGCAGCCAGCUGAUGGUGGGGGUCCUCCAGGCAGCAGACCUGGCAGCCUUGGAUAUAGGGGGCACGUCGGACCCCUACGUCAAGGUCUUCCUGCUCCCCGACAAGAAGAAGAAGCAUGAGACCAAAGUCCACCGCAAGACCCUGAACCCCAUCUUCGGAGAGACCUUCUCCUUCAAGAUUCCAUACGCGGAGCUGGGCGGGAAGGUGUUGGUGAUGGCGGUCUACGACUUCGACCGCUUUUCCAAGCACGACGCCAUUGGCGAGGUCCGCGUACCCAUGAGCUCUGUGGACCUGGCCCGGCCCAUCGAGGAGUGGAGGGAUCUGCAGUCUGCCGAGAAGGAAGAGCAAGAGAAGCUGGGAGACAUCUGCUUCUCCCUGCGCUACGUCCCCACUGCUGGCAAACUGACCGUCAUCGUGCUGGAGGCCAAGAAUCUCAAGAAGAUGGACGUGGGGGGCCUUUCUGAUCCAUACGUGAAGAUCCAUCUGCUGCAGGGAGGGAAGAGACUGAAGAAGAAGAAGACCACCAUCAAGAAGAAUACGCUCAACCCCUACUACAACGAGUCUUUCAGCUUUGAGGUGCCGUUUGAGCAAAUCCAGAGGGUGCAGGUGGCGCUGACGGUGUUGGACUACGACAAGCUGGGGAAGAACGAGGCCAUCGGGAAGGUGUUUGUGGGGCUAGGGGCAGGCGGUGCAGAGCUGCGCCAUUGGUCAGACAUGCUGGCCAACCCCCGGAGGCCCAUCGCCCAGUGGCACACCCUGCAGCCCGAAGAGGAGGUGGACACCUUGCUUGCUGGACGGCCCUCCUGAACGGGGAGGCUCUGUGCCCUCCUCCCUCCCUGGCUUCCUUCUUUGGGACAAGGGACCCACAGCUGGAGGAGAUGGGACAGAACCUCCUUUGUCCCCUCUCCGGCCCCUUUGUCUCCCCCUUUGCCCCCUCUCCACCCCGGUCUUUUCUCUUUCCCGCCCCCAAUCUACUCCCGACCCUCUGCCUUGAUCCCCUUUGCCUCCUCCUCUGUUUCCUCGCUUGGCCCUCUCUUCAUUUGCCCAGGCUGAGACCCAGGCACGACAAUCAAACCGAAUCAGCGUGAAAGACUGGCAAAGAGGGCAGGUGUGGAAAUACCAUCGAGAAAUCGGGGGAAGGAUGAUGGGAAAGAAUGAGUGGGGGGAGAGGACCCCCUAGCCUGCCCCUUCACUCCUCCAUUUCUUCCACCUUGAGAUGCCAUCAAGGCCAAAUGACAGUGUUUAGAAGAGACUGGAGCUGGGGAGGGGUGUCCCUGAAGUUCACCUCUUGCCCCCUCCAUUGGUUUCUGCUUUGACAAUCUCCACUCCCCCCACUCCUCCCCAUGCUCCCCCUGGAAACUAGAUGAUAAAAGGGAAGAUAACCUUCCCAUCCUUGGGUCCCUCCUGAGAGGGAGAAACCAUCUUGUCUGGCUGCCUCCAUUCCCCUGGGUGGUGAGUUUUCCAGGCUCCCAUGACUUUCAGCCCUCAAGAGUCUCAACUCUUUGAACGGGAGGGAGGCUCCCCCCAUCUGCCCUUCUCCCCCGGCAGUUGAGGAUCCGUGGGGUCGUGUCCCUCCGUCUUGAAUUUUCUCCCAGAUGGAGAAAAUGGAGACUAAGGGAUGUGUGUGAUCACGGGAGCGUGAGCACAGACCCUGCAGUUCCCCCAUUUGUGUAGGGAAGAGGAGGUGACUCUGCUUCUCCCCUCCCACCUCGCUUUCCCCCUUUCUACCAGCGUUGUUCAGAACGGGUUUUCCUAUUGCUCUAUUGGAGGUUUGUUUUCCAGGACUGAAUAAAAUGCAGAGUGAGUGAGAGAGAGAGAGAUUUAACAA